AUGGCCGUCACUACCGCAGUCGAGGAUCUCUUCAAGAGCUUCUACGAGCUCUUCGCCUCCAUCUUCAACACCAUCUACAAUGUGCUACACGCCUUCGUCGCAACCAUCGUGAACUUCUUUGUCGGCAUUCUGAACCUCGUCCGCGACGUCCUGUCCGGUGUUGUUGACAUUGCUGGCGGGCUCGGCAAGUUCGUCGCUGGAAACAUCGUCCUCAUCGGCAUAGUUGCGGCGGGCGGCUACCUGUUCGUGCGCUACCAGGCCCAGCAGGGCAAGCCCGUCAAGGCUCAGGUCAAGAAGACCAACUAG